AUGAGGCAACUGGCAACCGGACCAACCCCAAAUUGGGGCAACUGCAACCGAAAAAAAGACCGGACCAUGGUCCGGUUCAGUUCGGUCCACCAGCUUUUUGCGGUCCUAUGGACUGAACCUUUAAACACUACUUGUUCUCAAUGCGACGUGCCUACAGAUAUCUGUCGCAUCAUUGUCUUUCAUCCCAUAGGAACCUGUCACAGCACUACUUCUUACUUUUUCACUCCUUCUGUACACUAUGCCAUGAAUGAAAAGGCUUCUUUCUGUCGUAAUCAAGUUUGUGAAUUCCGCAUGCCCAAGGCGAUUCUUUCAAAGAGGAGACACUACGCACUCUUUUCCACAAUGCCUACAGAACUUGGAUGCGCUAUGGACACAUCUGGUCAACUCAAAGAUGCCGACGACAUAGAUUGGUACCAAUCUGAAUCAGACAGCCGCUCUCUUCCACGUCUUGCUGCAUCCACGUUGCCUGCUGUGAUAACAGCACUUCAGAUGGUCGACGAAGUGGUCAAGGGGCGAAAAUGGCUGACUAUAUUGCAGCUGAGGCCUUAG